ACACUCCGUCAUUUACCCAAGAUAUAGGGAGGAUUACUUCUUCCGGUUGACAACCUGACGCUUUCUGCCGAAAUCGAGGCUUGAAACGCAAAUGCGUCCUACGCACAAUCCACUAAGAAUUUUUACCACGCCCCAUAGCGACCAACGGGCGCGUCAAUAGCCUUAGAUACCUGCUGCCGAGUGGUGACAGCAAUACUGCCCAUGAUGAAGUUAACGCGAAAACAGGUUCUGUCCCGGGCGAAGGCGUCCGAGCUGGACAGUGUGAGGAAACUGAACUGCUGGGGAAGCCGUCUUACUGACAUCUCCAUAUGUCAUGAGCUUCCAAACAUUGAAGUUAUGACGCUAAGUGCAAAUAGCAUUUCCACAUUGGAACCAAUAAGGAGCUGUCAAAACCUGACUGAAUUAUACCUGAGGAAAAAUAACAUUUCUAACAUGAGUGAACUUUACUACCUUAAACAUCUUCCAAGACUAAAAAUAUUGUGGCUGUCAGAAAAUCCCUGCUGCAACCCAGAUCCACAUAAAUAUAGAAUGACUGUGCUAAGAAACCUUCCCAACCUACAGAAACUAGACAAUCAGGCUGUGACAGCAGAAGAAGUGUCUCAUUCAAUAACAGAAGGAGAAGAAAUCACAGCUGCUCCAACUGAAAUCUCGAUUGCAGAAAAUGGUUCUCCAGGGCCUACAAAAGAACCUGCUUGUGGAGAGGUGACCACUGAAUCUGAGAACGAAUUGCUAAACUUCAGCAUGGAAGAGACAAACAAAAUACGUGAACAACUAGGCAUGAAACCACUUUCAAGAGACAAGUUCUCACCAUUCUCUUCACCAGUGGAGCCUUAUGGAAACAAAAAGAGAAAGAACAAUGUCCUAAAUGCAGUACUGUUGCUUCUGAAGGAACUGGACACUGAAGCCUUGGAAAUAGUUCAGAGGACUGCAGAGAAUCGGAUUCACCAGCUACAGAGAAAAGAGCUUCAGCAAGAGAGAUAAAAGUAUCCAUGAGGCAGGUGCAUGCUGGGAACUUUCGCAUUCCGCUUGCAAACUGCAGUCUACUCCUCAAUCAAUUCAUGCAUACAUCAUGAUGAAUGCUUAAGUCUAAGAUGGGCAAAUCUUGCAAAAUUAGCUUUGCUAAGAGCUUCUUUAAUCAAAAUCAAAGCUUGAAGAGUAAACUGAGUUACAUACAGUUCUAUGUAAGUGCAAAUCUUUUUGCUGUUUGUGUCUAGUAAACAUUUCAUGCAUGAUAGGGAAAUAUAUGCAGUAAAAUAUCUCUACUUGUUGAAGAUAACAGAUGUAUAUUUUUAGACAAAAACAUUUCUAGUAAAAAAAAAAAAGCAUUUAUUACAGGAAAUAUACCUCUAGGCUAAUUGCUUAUUCAUCAACAUUAUUGAUGUACAGUGUGAUAGAAUAUAUUCCCUGGUAAUAAGUUUAUCCAUACUUAGAACUAUUGGAUACAUUUGCUCAGUAAAUAAAUUGUUAAAGCUAAAACAGCAGUUGGGAGUGAUAACUGAAUAUGGCUGUUUUAUUCUAUCACGUACAGUAUGUAACUGUGAUAGAAAUUAUUGUAGUACUCAAAAAAUUAAAUGGAGGUGGAAAAUAAAGAAAUUGAUGAAAAUGCAUUAUUAUCAGAAAUCUGUAAUUCUAGUACUCAAAAUAGCGUCUUAUUCUGGGAUUAAAUAUGCAAUUUGAAAAAGUCUAGCAACCUGAUCUAAAGAUUGUCACGACCACAAAACUUAUGCCCACAGAAGUUAACGGAGAGUUCAGCCUGUCGUAUACAGUCUAAUGUUCCCUCUAACUACUGAGUUCAGAAAAUGCUUUGAUCUAAUGUAAAUGUCAGGACAUGUAGAAUAAAUAUUUUAUUUAAGUGUUUUUUUUUUCACAAGCAUACUUACAGCAAAGUUUAUCAUACACAUAUAUGGAAUAAUGUCAUGUCUCAUAGAAUAAGUUUACCAACUUACAUUGUUUGAAAUAUAAAGACUUGUGUCUAUUAAGUUAAAUGGGCACUGUCAAAUUCAAAAAACAUUUUAUAUAUGUUGUACAUCUUGGCAAAACAUGAACUGUUCUAAUAUACUUCAUAAUAAAAAUGGAUUUCCUUUUUAUAGAAAUCAUGGCUUAUAUAAUCAUGGCUUUGUCCAAGCUGGGUGGGCUAGCACUCCUUUUGUGCUCUCUCCUGUCUGAUAUGACUUCUUUUUGCUAUCUCCUGUCUGAUAGCACUCCUCUGUGCUCUCUCCUGUCUGAUAGUACUCCUCUGUGCUCUCUCAUGUCUGAUAGUACAGUGGUCCCUCAACAUACGAUGGUAAUCCGUUCCAAAUGAACCAUCGUUUGUUGAAACCAUCGUAUGUUGAGGGAUCUGUGCAAUGUAAAGAAUAGGAAGUUGUACUCACCUGUCCCCGCCUCUCCGGACCGUCACCACUGCCCUGGAUGUCGCCCUCCAUCGCUGUCGCCACGUCCCUUCAAUGUCCCUGCCGCUCCGGAACGUGUCUGCUGCCCGGGAUCGUCGCUCUCACGUCGCCGUCAUCACAUCACUACGCACGCCGCCCCUAUUGCAUGACGGGACGGUGUGCGCGCCGACGUGAUGACGACGAUGGAGAGCGCCGGCGAUGGAGGGGAUCUCGAAGAGGACGCUCCGGAGCCCCAAGGACAGGUAGGAGACCAUCACCGGAGCACACGGGGCACCGUAAACGGCUAUCCGGCGGCAGCUGAAGCAGUCAGCUCUGCCGGAUAGCCGUUUAUGCGAUGGCCCCAACAUACAAAAGCAUCGUAUGUUGAUGCUGCCUUCAACAUGCAAUGACCUCUGAGAGGCCAUCGCAUGUUGAAAUUAUCGUAUAUCGGGGCCAUCGUAGGUCGGGGGCCACUGUACUACUCGGUGCUCUCUCCUGUCUGAUAGCACUCCUCUGGGCUCUCUCCUGUCUGAUAGCACUCCUCUGGGCUCUCUCCUGUCUGAUAGUACUCCUCUCUGCUCUCCCCUGUCUGAUAGGACUGCUCUGUGCUCUCUCCAUUCCUAUCAGACAGCACAGAGGAGUGCUAGCCCACGCUCAUUUACUGGACUUUGUCCAUGCCUGUGCUUUAGCUUGGACAAAGCCAUGAUUUUAUAAGCCAUGAUUUCUAUAAAAAAAAGAAAUAAUAUUUUCUUAUCAAGUAUAUUAGGUUCAUGUUUUGCCAAGAUUUACAACAUACAUAAAACAUUUUUGUAUCUGACAGUACCAAUUUAAACCUUUCUGAGAUCAUUUAUGAAUUAUACUCAGAGCAUUUGGAAUGUACUGCAAAGUAUAGUGAAACUGAAAAAACUGAACAAUUCUGCAUCUUUUUGAGUUUUUCUUUUACAAUUUUCACUGUGCAAUACCUAUUUUAUAUUGUUUUUCACACUUUUGCUUCUAAAGCAUAAACUAUUUUUUUAAUGGUUCUGCAUUGCCAUAUUCAUACUUCUAAACCCUUUUAACCCACAGCCCAUUUGGGCCUUAAAAACGCAAAACAACGCAGUUUUAAUUUUUCCAUCCAAAGAGCCAUAUGAGGGCUAGAUUUUCAUGCAACCAACUUUUAUUCGCAAUGACAACUUUUUUAUUCACCAUAAAAUGUAAGGGGUAGCAAUAAAAAUAUUUUUGUAAGGGAAAAUUGGAGAAAAAACUUUCUUGGAAGGGUUUGUUUUAAUGCAGUGCACUUUACAGUAAAAUCUUUAUUCUGUGGAUCAAUACGAAUAAAACAAUGCCCAUGUUUACAUGCUUGUCUAUUGUACUACUAAAAAG